UGGGUAACCAUGAACUGUGUCUUUUUUUUAGUGGGACAUUUUGCUUCAUCAUCUUUCUCCUGACAGUGGGUAGCACAGUAGAAAGGGUACCUGAUGUCUCGUCCCUGUUUGCACGGACUGUGCUGCAAAGCGAAGUAAAAAUGUUUAAAUCUUUCUCCCUCAUAGCUGCUACUCAUUACUUUUGCAGGCAGGAGGGGGACUUUUCUGUGGGAUCUUGUAAAACCCCGUUGGAAACGGAGCGCGCCUGGGAUGCCGCGGUUACCUGCGCUGAGGGGUUCGCCUUCUGCGGCACCCUUUCCCUUCCUCCUGACAAACAUCUCGCAGAGCUGCACCGCAGCUCGCCAAGCGCGGCAGACAGGCGACAGACCCGAUUUCCCGCAGUUUUGCCCUGUAAUUUUGGGCUGUUGUCGCCAGCGGGCCGCCGCUUUCAGCCCUCCGCCCUGAGGCGGCGCCGUUCUCCCGCCUUCCCCGCGGCUGACGGAACCCGCCCGGGGGCCCCGGCGGCGGGCAACAGAGCUGAAAAACCCCAAAGGUGGCGGCUGGGCGGCUUCGUUCUCGAAGCUUCUCCCCGUCAGGGCCAACGGUUGUAACGGGCGGCGGCUGCGAGGCCUCCCCUGGCAACGGCGAGAUGGCGGCGGGCGAGCAGGGGGGCCGCGACUACCUGGAGCGCCACAGGAUCCCCGAGCUGCUCCGCCGCCUCAGCGCCCUGCUGCUCUACCACCAGCCCGGUGCGGCUCCCCCGCGGGGCCAGGAAAGACCUCGCCAGUUCCUCAUCCAGGUGCUGGAAACAGUGAAGGCCGGCAGGCAAGGCGAGGGGACGUACCCGUGCCUGAUGGACGAGUCCAACCUGGUCGCCAUGUUCCAGAUGCUGGAUGUGGCAGACCUGGGCUUCCUCACGCCCGCGCAGUACCGAGAAGCUCUUAAAACCUUGGGACUGAGCACAGACAACCUGCAUGUUGGUGAUGAUGAGAACGUCACACUUGACACGUUCAAGGAAGAAGUGAAGAAAAGGUUGCUGGAGAUCUGGGCUGUUUAUUAGAUGGAACAGUGGCAUGCUUUAUAUAUUAAAAAUAGGCAUUUUGCUCCAUUCUUUCGCUGCUGUGUCAGCUGUGAACAACUGAUUUUAAACAGUGCUCUCUUCUCUUUUUUUUCUCCUCUCUUCCCUGUAGUAGCAAUCAGCUGAAAAGGACAAAUGACAAAAAAUUGUUUACCUUUACCAGACACGUGAAAGGUAUCUUUUGAGAACUGCCUUUCUUAGUAAGAUUAUCUUGUUAAAAAUAAGUAGAAACCUCUUUAAAAAGAAAAAAGCAUCGUAGAGUCUCCUCCUUCAGCUAGUAGCUUACUUUGUUAAUCAUUGGUAAUGAGACAGCAAAUAAAGUUAAUUUUAAAAGUUGUGA